GAUGGAUAGUCUCUUUUUGAAGGCAGGGAUUCAUGGGGUGACUUCAGCGAUCCCGGUCGCCGGGGGAGCUUUAGACGUCCGUACAACUUCAGCCCACCUUAGCGCCGCGGUGGGACAUUCUGCGACGCCGGCUGCCAAUGCGAUUUCGGUUGACAAACCUUCUGUGUCGUUGUCGGCGCCGCCUCAAAGAACUGCGCCUUGGGGGUUUUCUUUUAGGUACCCACUCAGAUCUCUGUGGCCUGGAGGUCGAAACAGGUACGAUGCCAUUGCGCUGGAUGACGCUGUCCUGGUUGAUGAAAAGGAAGAGAAAAAAGAAGGGGUUAUUGAAGGUGAGAGUGGGAAUGAUGGACAGAAUGGGAAUUGGGUGUCGAAGAUUCUUCAUGUGAGGGCUUUGUGGAAGGACGAAGGGCAAAGUGGCGGUGAAGGAUUGGGGGAAAAAGAGGAAGAAACCGGCGUGGUGAAUGAUAAUGAAAAUGAUCUGGGCAGCAGCGAAUGUUAUGGUGGUGGUGGUGAUGAAGAAUGUAAUGUAUGUACAGUUGAUGAUGACGACAAGAUUGAAUUCAACAGGGGUUCGUUUUCAAAGCUGCUUCGCAGGGUGUCGUUGGCAGAAGCAAGGUUGUAUGCUCAGAUGUCGUAUUUAGGGAACUUGGCUUAUUCCAUUCCCCAAAUCAAGCCAGGAAAUCUCCUGAAAUAUCACGGACUGCGAUUCAUUACUUCGUCAUUGGAAAAGAAACAACAAGUGCUAAAGGCUGAAAAAGAGAAGGCAGAAGCCGAUGUUCAGGAAGCAGAAGGAAGCCCAAAGGAGCCUGCGGACAGGAAGGAGGGGAAGACUACUAGUGGGAAUAGGGUAAGUGUCACCACUGCUUAUCAGAUUGCCGCCUCUGCUGCUUCGUAUCUGCAUGCUCAUACAACAAGCGUCCUUCCCUUUACAUCCUUCAAACCCAAGUCAAUUAAAGAUCCGCCUGAAGGAGAAAGUGGAACCAAUGAUAAUGUUUGUAUGAUGGACGCAAAGGUGGCCUCCUUAAUGGCAACCACUGACUCAGUGACAGCAGUGGUCGCUGCAAAGGAGGAAGUGAAGCAGGCUGUUGCAGAUGAUUUGAAUUCAACACGUUCAUCACCCUGUGAGUGGUUCGUUUGCGAUGAUGAUCAAAGUGGCACAAGAUUCUUUGUCAUUCAGGGAUCGGAGUCACUGGCAUCGUGGCAAGCCAAUCUACUCUUUGAGCCCGUUCAGUUUGAGGGAUCGGAGUCACUGGCAUCGUGGCAAGCCAAUCUACUCUUUGAGCCCGUUCAGUUUGAGGGACUGGAUGUGAUUGUGCAUAGAGGUAUAUAUGAGGCUGCAAAGGGGAUAUAUGAGCAGAUGCUGCCUGAAGUCCGUGCGCAUCUAAGAUUUCAUGGUGAUCGCGCCACGUUCCGUUUUACGGGGCACUCUCUCGGCGGUAGCUUGUCGCUGCUUGUAAAUCUCAUGCUGUUGAUUAGGGGGGAAGUCCUUCCUUCUUCCUUGCUUCCCGUUAUAACGUUUGGGGCACCAUCUAUUAUGUGUGGAGGGGAUCGCCUGCUUCGUGAGCUUGGAUUGCCUCAAGGCCAUAUCAAGGCAGUCACAAUGCACCGAGACAUUGUACCUAGAGCCUUCUCUUGCCAUUACCCCAAUCAUGUUGCAGAGCUUCUUAAGGCAGUCAAUCGAAACUUUCGGGGUCAUCCAUGUCUCAAUAACCAGAGGCUGUUGUAUGCUCCAAUGGGGGAGUUUCUGAUUCUACAGCCAGAUGAGAAAUUGUCUCCCAACCAUGAUCUCCUUCCCUCCGGCAGUGGGCUAUAUCUAUUGAGAUGCCCAGUGUCAGACGCCAGUGAGGCAGAGAAGCAGGUGCGUGCUGCACAGGCUGUGUUCUUAAACUCACCGCAUCCACUUGAAAUCUUAAGUGACCGUUCGGCAUAUGGUUCCGGGGGAACCAUUCAAAGAGAUCACGACAUGAACUCUUACUGGAAAUCUGUUCGGAGUGUAGUCCGCCAGGAGCUCAUCCGUAGGAGGAAAGCUAGGAGAGAGCACCGUCGCAAAUUUUGGUGGCCUCUUGUAGCACGCAGCAUUGAUGCUGGUAACAGCAUUAUGGGGAGGUCUCCGGUAUCAGCGAACAUGGGCCAAGGUCAAUUCAACUUCUCGGGCGUGUUACAAACUGGCCGAGAAUCUUUGAACAGGUUUAGUAGGCUUGUUGCAUCGCAGCACAUGCAUUUGCUUGUGGUGCUCCUGUUUCCUGCACGGUUGUUGAUCGUUGGUGCAUAUAGCGUAAUCAAUUUCCGUUAA